ACAUCACAUCUCAACUUCUGAUACUAAUUACGUCUUUCUUCUUCAAAAUUUGAAGAGAUCCAAUUUAAGAAAUGGCGGGUUUUGCAUCCAAAAGCUACUUUCUUCUUUAUAUGAUGGCUGUCUUGCCAGCAGUGCUGUGUCAUAGCAGCAAGGGCAACUAUAUAACCUCUAGAGCAACUUACUACAGCACCUCUGAUGGAUUGGGCACUCCAACUGGAGCUUGUGGGUAUGGUGAAUAUGGAAGAACUGUCUACAGUGGCAAUGUGGGAGGGGUCUCUAACCUUUACAGGGAUGGGUUAGGCUGUGGCGCUUGCUAUCAGGUGAAGUGCAAGAUCCCAGGGCUUUGCACUGCGGAUGGAGUGCAGGUGGUGGCAACAGACUAUGGCGCAGGAGACAACACAGACUUCAUCCUCAGCAAGCACGCCUUCGCCGCCAUGGCUAGACCCAAAGCAGACUCCAAGCUGUUUGCUUAUGGCGUUGUUCCCGUAGAUUACGCGAGAGUUCCUUGCAGCUAUCCAGGCCAUACCCUGGCAGUGAUGAUCAAUACGCAGAGCAGGUUUCCUGAUUACCUAGCCAUAGCCUUGGUUUACCAAGCUGGAAAAUGUGACAUUACUGCUGUUCAAAUUUGGCAAGCUAAGUAUCAGCAAUGGAAGGACAUGAGGAGGGUGUAUGGUGCAGUAUGGGACAUCCCUAAUCCUCCAAGCGGCGCGCUUAGCCUGAGAGUCCAAGUUUGUGGUCAGAAGUGGGUGUACCUGAGCAAAGCCAUUCCUAAGAAAUGGAAGUCUGGGGCCAUCUAUGAAACCGGCGUUAAGCUUGUUUAAUUAAGCUCUAUAUGUGGAAGUGUUAGUUUGAUCCAAGUUCUAUUGUAUACUUAGUUAAGUGUGGGAGUGGUUCAUUACUUGUUGUGUCCUAUGAAAUCUAAUAAGUGGAGCUAAUGCUUGCUCCUAGCUUGAGUAUUUCUCAAGUUUUAAUUCUGCAAUGGCAGAGCCAGCCAGUGGUCUACUCGUUAUAUUCUCAAUAAAAUACUUGGACUACUAAUUGUGUUUACAUUUGUGUUUAGAGAGAGUGCGAAUAAACAUUUCAGUUGUACUUUCUUUCGUU